GACGACGUCGACAUUAUUAACAACCCCGGGUUGGAUGGGUUCAAUUACUGACGUUCGUUGGUCAUCUUAUUUAACGGCCACGAUGGCUGUCAAAAAGAUCCCAUGCAAACCCGCCCACACUAUGCUGCAUGAACCUGUACGGUAAUCUCUCUUCGGCCAUUGCGACGAUGUCACGCGCCUUCACAAUUUGAUGGGUUUAAUUUAAGUACCUCGAAGAAAUUGGCGCUGCGCACUACCCGUUCUUUUUCAGUUUUCUAUCGUCCACAAUCUUUACCUAUUCUCGACAAUGGGACAGUCGUCUUCCACCGCCGUUGCUUCAUCGGAGCCGAAUCCUUACAAAAUUUCCGAUGGCAAGAGAUGUAAUUUUCAUUCCUGGCUUGCCAACGGGGAGGAGGGCUUCGAUACGGAUGCUGAACAUGUUGAGAACUCAACAGGGGGGCGUGACUACACCGCUGAUCUACCCGACGAUUGCUUGGCAGGUAUUUUCCAUUUUCUUGGCUCCGCUGACCUGAAAAAAUGCUCUCUCGUUUGCCGACGGUGGCUGCGCGUCGAUGGCCAAAGCCGUCAUCGACUUUCCCUCGAUGCUCAUGAAGAAUUGCAAGAUUUUGUUCCCUCCCUGUUUGAUCGAUUCAACUUUGUCACGAAACUUUCCCUGCGAUGCGACCGCAGGUCCGCCAGCAUAAGCGACGACGUUUUGAUACUGAUAUCGCUUCGAUGCAAGAACCUCAAGCGUCUCAAGCUCCAUGGAUGCCGGGAGAUCUCCGAAAUUGGAAUGGCCGGCCUCACUCAGAAUUGCAAGGCCUUGAAGAAGCUCUCGUGUGGAUCUUGUAUGUUUGGUACAAAAGGCAUGAACACCGUUAUCGAUCAUUGCGUGGCUCUUGAAGAGCUCUCCGUCAAGCGGCUUCGUGGGGUCCACGAUAGCUCGGCCGUUAUAGGUCCCGGUGCGGCGGCCUCCUCGUUGAAAUCUAUAUGCUUAAAGGAUAUUGUUAAUGGCCAAAGCUUCGCACCGCUAAUAGUGGGCUCGAAAAAGCUUCGAAGAUUGAAGUUGAUUAGUUGUUUGGGUGAUUGGGAUAGUACUCUUGAAGCGGUAGGAGACUCAAACAGGGAUUUGAUUGAAGUUCAUCUCGAGAAGAUUCAGGUCAGCGAUGUCGGUCUUUCAGGGAUAUCCAACUGUUUGAACUUGGAGACGCUACUCAUUGUGAAAAAUCCCGAGUGUUCGAAUCUGGGGCUCUCUUGUGUUGCUGAGCGAUGUAGGCUAUUGAGAAAGCUUCACAUUGAUGGUUGGAGGACUAAUAACAUUGGCGAUGAGGGUUUGAUAGCUAUAGCUAAACACUGCCCCAACCUGCAAGAACUUGUAUUGAUUUGCAUUUAUCCGGCAACUUUGAGUUUGACGGCAAUAGCUUCCAACUGUAAAAAUUUGGAAAGGUUGGCUCUUUGCGGAAUCGGCAGCAUUGGUGAUGCAGAGAUGGAAAGCAUAGCUGCCAAGUGCUCUGCUCUUAAGAAACUAUGCAUUAAAGGAUGUCCGAUUACUAAUGCAGGGAUCGAAGCUCUUGCUCUGGGUUGUCCAAAUUUGGUUAAAAUUAAGGUUAAAAAGUGCAAAAAAGUCACCGGCGGGAUUGUAGAGUGGCUGCGCGAACGGAGAGGUUCCUUGGCAUUCAGUUUCGACGACAUUGAGCCUAAAACGUUGGAGGGGAAUGUAAGCGGUGGAGGAGCUCAGGAAAGUGAAAUUGCGAGCCCAUCAAUGAUCAGGGAAGAAACCGUGGCUGAUGAAGCAUCAUCAAGUGGUGAUAACAACCGGUUAACAAUGUUGAGAACCAACUUUGGAUUUUUGGCUGGGAGAAAUAUAGUACCCGUUGCCUUAAGAAGAUGGAUAAACGCUGAUAACGUCUCUGAUGGCAGCUUUUCAUGAUCGUUACGAGAGCGCCCAUAUACGAUGUUGACAUGUUCACACACUGUGAGAUAGACUCGAGAUCAAUUUAUUAAAAAGGAAUAAAAGAACUAUGCUGGAUUAAAAGAAAGGAUUGAAAAUGAUGCUUCAUGCUGAGACCGGAAAGAAGAGGUUAGCCGAACAAAACAAGAAAAGGCGAAAAAUGGGUUAACAGUUAACCGAUCAGAAAGGCCCAAGCCCAAGAUGUGGGAGGCAGUAAAAGACAAGGCCUCAAUGCAUGUUCCAGCUCGCAUUUCUUGGCACCUGCACUGCUGCACGAGAGGCUGAAGACGUGUCCACAACAUACGCACGAUGGGGCCCGAUGUCUUUUCCCUCCACAAAGACUGGAACUAGCAGGGAAAUGACUUUCGAGUAGUAGUUAUUGGUUAGUUUGUUAGUUUCUGUGCUGGCGUGCGUCUAAGGAAAGAGUAAAAUUUAAAUCUGGGGGCUUUUCAAACAAGUGUUGUCUUUUAGAUUAAAUGGCUGAUGAGUCCUGUGUGCUUCAACUGCAACUCAAGCCAAGGAAACCCAACGAAUUGCUGCAAAGGGAAUUCAACAUUCCAGAUAUGAGGCACGACCAUCUGUUUUAAUUAACCUGAUCUCUCAAUCCUAUUUGUGUC